ACAUUCAUAGCAGCACAGAGACUGAAUGCUUGAAGAAUAUAUGUCCACUAAGAUGAUUUUAAUUUGGACAAAGACGCUUAUAUUUCUCAUCUUCUUCCAAAAUGUAAAAGGGUGGAAUUCUCAUUCAGAUAACGCCAUUGUUCCGAGCAUUAUUAAACUUCGGGCGUUGGACAUGUGGAGACUAGAGAUGGUGUGGAGUAUGAAUCAGAGUGGAAUACCGAGAAAUCAGAUGUAUGAAAUACAAAUUGGACGCACCAAAAACAUGGAUAUUAUCGACACGAUAAAUGUAAGCAGGGUUUCACUGGAAACAGAGUUUUCAGUUCACACAUUGGUUUGGACAUCACAACUACCGCUGAACUGUGUAGAUCAUUUGGUUAGAAUAAGAUACAUCUCUAAUCCUUUAUUAUACAGCUCUUGGAGUUCAUGGAAAACCAACUAUGGGGAUGUGAACUUGGCUCACGAUAACAUCAAGAUGUACCCAGUUGACCAGGUGCUAAAAGAGGGCUCUACAGUGUUCUUCUGCUGUAUUUAUUCCAAAGACGUCAAUGUCACCUCGAUGUACUUUGGCAACACAGCUUACAAAGUCAUCAACAUAAGCCCGCAAGUCAAAGCCAUUCGAGUGGAAAACAUCAAAGCCACAGAAUGGCCUGGUGUAAAUUUCUGCUGUGAUGAGAGUAAAGCAUUAAACUCUGUCACCUUCCCUCCAGAAAAACCCCAGGACUUCAGAUGUGAAACCAAAGACAUGAGAAAAAUCUCUUGCUCCUGGAUAUCAGGCAGAGCUUCUAACUUAGUUGGCAAACAUAGAAGGAAGUACACAUUACUCAACAGGGACUCCAAGUCUGUCGAUUGUAAACGGGGUAGCCAAAUCUGUGAUUUUCCAGUUAUCCCAGAGCAGACCAGUUACAACAUCACCUUGCGUGUGACCAAUAGUUUGGGGGAAGCAAAAGAGAGCUACAUAUUCAAUAUCAUAGACAGAGUUUUCCCAGUUCCGGAGCAUGUUGGAGUGACUGCCGGUGUCCUGGAAGCUGUGGUGGUUCUACAGUUGAGUGGGAGUUUCAUAGGACUUCCAUUAAUUUGUCAGACUGAACUGGAACCAGGAGGAAUAAUACAGGAGUUACAAAAGAAGGGUUCUGACUCAGUACAACAUUACACAUUCAAACUACAGCAACUGCAGCCCAGCACACAAUACUCCACUAGGGGACGCUGUGCUGUACAAGGAAAUGACUGGGGCCAAUGGACACAACUAAGGUCAUUUGUUACAGAGCCUUUGGUGACAUUGGAUCUGUGGAGACAAAUCAGGGAAUCCGUGUAUCCCAAUCGCACUGUCACACUUCUGUGGAACACUGUGAACACUGAUUCAGAGUCGGAUAUCGAAGCCUAUGAGGUGUGUAUGAGCCACAGAGAUACACCGAAUAGUGUGUGCACAAACUUCACACAUUCACCGGUGGAUUUAACCAUUGAUGUCCAUGUGUGUGACAUCACCGUGAAGGCUGUCACUCAAAUAGGCUUAUCUGUACCAUCGCACGUCACUAUACCAUCAGCAUAUACAGGGGGCAUGAUGAAGGAGAAGAGGAUUAUGGGUAAUGCAGAGGAAUUCCAGCUCUUGUGGUCAGAGGACUCUGCCACCACGUGCGACUACAUUAUUGAAUGGUGCAUGUUGGGUAGUGUGAUCCCCUGCACCUUAAAGUGGAAAAGUGUCCCUGCUAAUCAGACAUCCUUAUCCCUCAAAGCAGCAGAUUUCAAAAUGGGUGUUAGAUACACUUUCAUUAUCUACGGAUGUACCAUUGUGGGACACAGACCUCACGAGAAACAGAUUGGGUAUUUGGAAGAACUAAAACCCACCCAGUCGCCUACACUGGACCUAAAUCCAAGUGUAACUUGGUCUUCUAUAAACCUGAAAUGGAGUUUCAAUGAAGAUGACCUGAAAAACACUGGAUUCAUCACAGGAUAUGAGAUUACAGUACAGAGAGAUUCAGACAGCGGCUCUGCUCUUAAUUACCAUAGACAGUCAAUAGACAACCCUCAUAUCAAGUCCUUUACAUUCAGUGAUCUACAGGAGGACCAACCAUAUAAAUUUUCCCUGGCAGCAUGUACAUCUGUGGGUUGUGGAACGGAGACCAUCGGAACCUUCAGAACCGGAAAAAACUAUUAUCUGCUAAUGGCCAGGAUUUUCAUUCCCCUCAUGGUAUUGGUCGGUUGUUGCUUUUGUCUGUGUGCUUAUAGAAAAAUCAUCAGUCCAGAGAAAGCAUUCGGUUUUCUGCACAUAAAAGCACUGGACCUGGAUGAGGAUCUUUAUGAAGCAAGUGAAAAAAUCCGUACACUGAGCAUAGAGGAGUGUAACUGGUGUGAUGUUGAGGUUUCAGACGUGCAGACCACCAUGGCAGGGAAAACCUGGCUGACGAGUUUAGAGGAUCCAAGUUGUUCAUUCGUUAGCCUUAAAGUUGCGGUUCCCUCAUCCCUGAUGGUACCUUACCAGCUUACCGCAAACAUGUGGGAUGGGCAGGUGUAUGGGACAGACACAAGUCUCACCAACUUCACUUACAUGUCCACUGUACAACAAGAUUUGCCUGCUGAAAUGUUUAAGACACCCGAUGAAGAGGGAACAAAGCAGGAGCCAGAAAACCCUAGCUUUACGAGUGACUAUGUGACCUCGGUAGCCAUCUGAGUGUUCAAAACCCAAUUUUGCCUCAAUAAACACACUCAAAGCAGUGUUGAAAAUUAAGAGGUGUGAUCUUAUCGCAAAGAUGUUCAGUGAGAUCACAACAGCUCAUGUCACUUAAAGGCACAGCAUGUUUCUUAGGGGCCCCACGCAUACCGGCCCCUCUCUUCCUUCUGCAAAGCAGGCUUUAAAUACGAGAAGUGAUAUUGCGAUAUUUGAGACAUGAAAUUUUGCAAUCUCUGUCAGAUUCUAUAUCUUUGUUUUUGUAUUGUUUUUAAAUGCUAGACCUGUCUGUUCUCUCAUUGUAGGUAAAAAAAACCCUGUCAACUUUCUGGUCUAUAUUAUAAGGAUUUCUGUAUUCCGAUUUUCUUCUUGUUUUUUAACUUAAGCAAAAGUUAUAUUUUGUAUCCCUGAAAAGACGUUUUAAAGUUCAAUCGACAGCAUUUGUAGCAAAAUGUUGAUUACCACAGAAAACAUUUUCAACUCUUCUUUUGUUUAUUUAAACAAAAGAAGCAAAAAGCAUGGUUCCAGUAAUGCAUUUACAAUGGAAGUGAAUGGGGCCAGUCCAAACACAUUCAAAUUCACACUGUUUCAAAAGUAUAGCCACAAGACACAAACAUUAUUCAUGUUAACAUGAUUUUAGUGUAAUACAAUGUUUUUUGUUCUAAGUGUGAUAAAAUUGCUUAAUUAACUAGUGUUGCGUCAUCAUAUAAUAUCAGAUGAAACUACAGUACACAGAUAAGGUUAGCAAGUGAUUUUGUCACUCUAAAAUCAUGUUCAAAUCUCAAAUGUUCACAUCUUGUUGCUAUGUUAUAACAGUGUGUAAUUGAAUGUUUGCAUAAUAUUAAAUGUAAUGAACGACUGACCAGUUGAAUAUAUAUAUAUAUAUACAGUAUCUAUACACCGAUCAGCCUCUAUUAAUACCACCUGCCUAAUAUUGCAUUGGUCCCCCUCGUGCCGCCAAAACAGCGCCAACCCUCAUCUCAAAAUAGCAUUCUGAGAUUAUAUUCUUCUCACCACGAUUGUACAGAGUGAUUAUCUGAGUUACCGUAGACUUUGUAAGUUCAAACCAGUCUGGCCAUUCUCUGUUGACCUCCCUCAUCAACAAGACGUUUCCCACCACAGAACUGCCGCUCACUGGAUGUUUUUUUGUUUGUGGCACCAUUCUGAGUAAAUCCCAGGAGAUCAGCAGUUACAGAAAUACUCAAACCAGCCCGUCUGGUACCAACAAUCAUCCAUGCAAUUAUCUAAUUAGCCAAUCGUGUGGCAGCAAGGCAGUGCAUACAAUCAUGCAGAUACGGGUCAGGAGCUUCAGUUAUUGUUCACAUCAAACAUCUGAAUUGGGACAUGGCAUGACUGUUGGUGCCAGACGGGCUGGUUUGAGUAUUUCUGUAACUGCUGAUCUCCUGGGACCUACACAAUAUUAGGCAGGUGGUUUUAAUGUUGUGGCUUAUCGGUGUAUAUACAGUAUAUAUAUAUAUAUAUAUAUAUAUAUACACAUUGGUGGCCAAUAGUUUGGAGUAAUGUACAUAUUUUGCUCUUAUGGAAAGAAAUUAGUACUUUUAUUCACCAAAGUGUCAUUCAACUGAACACAAUGUAUAGUCAGGACAUUAAUAAUGUGAAAAAUUACUAUUACAAUUUGAAAGAAAUGUUCAGAACUUCUUAAACUGCUUCAAAGAGUUCUUAUAAAAAAAUCCUCCAUGUGCAGCAAUGACAGCUUUGCAGACCCUUGUUAUUCUAGCUGUCAGUUUGUCCAGAUACUCAGGUGACAUUUCACCUCACACUUCCUGUAGCACUUGCUAUAGGUGUGGCUGUCUUGUCGGGCACUUCUCACGCACCUUACAGUCUAGCAGAUCCCACAAAAGCUCAAUGGGGUUAAAAUCCAUAACACUCUUUUCCAAUUAUCUGUUGUCCAAUGUCUGUGUUUCUUUGCCCACUCAAAACUUUUCUUUUUGUUUUUCUGUUUCAAAAGUGGCUUUUUCUUUGCAAUUCUUCCCAUAAGGCCUCCUGAGUCUUCUCUUUACUGUUGUACAUGAAACUGGUGUUGAGCGGGUAGAAUUCAAUGAAGCUGUCAGCGGAGGACAUGUGAGGCAUCUAUUUCUCAAACUAGAGACUCUGAUGUACUUAUCCUCUUGAUUAGUUGCACAUCUGACCUUCCACAUCUCACAAAGACAAUGUUAAGCUUCAUUUAACGAACCAAAUACCUUUCAACUGUGUUUGAUAUAAUGGCAAGUGAUUUUCUAGCACAAAAUUAGCAAUUUAGCAUGAUUACUCAAGGAUAAGGUGUUGGAGUGAUGCUGCUGUCUAGAUUCGAUCAAAAAUGACUUUUUUCAAAUAGUGAUGAUGCUGUUUUUGACUAUACUUUGUGAUCAGUUGAAUGCCACUUUGGUGAAUAAAAGAACCAAUUUCCUUAAGAAACAGCAAAAUCUGCACAUUAUUCCAAAAUUUUGGUCUCCAGUGUACAUAUGAGUGUGUAUAUAUAUAUAUAUAUAUAUGUAUUGUAAUCAGUACUGUGCCAGAAAUGCUGUAGAUUGAACUUAUCUUGUAUUGACCCCAGAGCAUUCCUUUAAAAAUUUUCUUACAUUUUUUUCCUGAAACUAUCAAUGUAUAUAGCUAAACAUCGUCUUACCUACUUCUUAUAAUAUUUAUCUAAAGAAUUAUGUAAAUUCACAAAAUGUUGAAAGAUUUUGUGAAUUCAGCCUCUUUCUGUAUUAAACUACAAGGUUCAUGUCAAUACACAUUUGAGUAUAUAGUGUCAAAAAGUGUUCAUUCCAUAUUUGAAAUAAACGAAUGUUUCAAUAAAGUCCACAAAACCUUCUAAUAAAUAAAAACUAGAC